AUGGUCGACACUCGUUUCCUAGCCGGCGGGAGCCGUGCUUCUAUUCUCACAACUAUCCUCGCGUUCACUACCUCACUCACUACUGCCUUUCCCACGCAGAAUGACUUCAACGGCGUAGAGCUGCUGAGGAGGCAGAACUCCUCCCAAGCCCUGGGUGACUGCCUUGCCACCGCCGGCAUCGAAACCUCCCUCCCUUCCAGCGCAACCUGGACCAACGACACUCAAGCAUGGAACUCUCGUGUGUCUCCUGUCCCAUCUGCAGUCGUCUUCCCUAAGACCGAGGAGGAGGUCUCAGCUGCACUGAAGUGUGCAUCGACCACAGGGACCAAGGUCACCACUCUCGGUGGUAACCGAUCCUUCUCCAGCAUGGGCUUUGGACGUAACGACGGCGCCCUCAUCAUCAACCUCGUGAACCUGAAGGUGCUGGAGUAUGACGAGACGAGCCAGCUCUUCACGUACGGAGGCCCCGUCAUGAUUUCGGAAGCAGCCGGAUUCAUGUGGGAGAACUACCAGCGUGCUCUCCCCCACGGUCGAUGCCCUGACGUUGGCAUGGCCGGUGUUGCUGCCUCUGGUUUCGGUACACUUUCUCGUGCCUCUGGAACCGUGCUGGACAAUGUCGUCGGCGUGCGCGUCGCCCUCGCCAACGGCACCAUUGUCGAUGCCGACGCCAACGAGAACUCCGAUGUGUACUGGGCAGUCCGCGGCGCUGCGAGCUCCAUCGGAGUCGUGCUGAGAUUCAAGCUUCAGACUCUUGAGCCUCCCUCCCAGGCCGUCUUUAACUACACCAUCGCCUUCUCGUCCAACUCCACACCCACACAGCAGGACAACGUUGACGCCCUCAUCGGCACUCAGACUUGGGCCCAGAGCGCCGACAACAACGACCUCCUGUCCAUCCGUUUCGGCAUCAAGACCAAAUCCCAGCUCCAGGGCUUCUUCUACGGCACCGCGGAGGAGUUCGACAAGGUCUCCCAGUCCCUGCUGAGCUACCUCCCCUCGACCAUGACCAUCAAGUCGACCGAGGCCAACUUCUGGGACUCGGAGGAGUUCACCACCCCAGGAAUCAAAACCAAGUCCAUCACCGGGCGCCGGUACUUCUACAUCUCCUCCGUGACCAUCCCGGGCUCCGCGCCCCUGGACAACUCCACCGCGUGGGAGCUCUUCUCCGCCACCGCCUACGAGGAGAAGCUCGCCGACGCGACCGCCUCGGGCUUCGUCGACAUCUGGGGCGGCAACUUCACCAAGGCCGUCAAGCCGGGCGACUCGGCCUGGAAGCACGACGACAACCUGCUGCUGAUCCGCUGGGACAUCCGCACGUCGGCCUCCGACGUGCCCUUCGCGGACACGACCCUCGACGCCGUCCACGACCGCUUCUACCAGUUCGUCGACGCGUACAAGGCGGCCGGCGGCACCCCGGGCGGCUUCACCACCUACCGCGACGAGAAGUGGGACAUCGACCAGACCGCUGAGUACCUGUACGGGGACAACUGGGCCCGCCUGCAGGCCAUCAAGACCGCCGUCGACCCGGAUGAGCUGUUCAACACCGACCCCCAGGCCGUCCCUGCGCUGACUGCUUAG